AUGGAUAGAAAGGGAGCCACACCUCCCAGAGCAAGAGACGAAGACAAUGUUGAAGCCGAAAGAGUCGUCACAAAGGUCAAUAGGCUUCUCGAGAUUCUGUAUAUUUUCUAUGAGAACGCUGAUGAGGAUCCUGAGGUUAGGGUUUCUGUGAAGGAUGAAGGGAAGAAUGGGAAGAAAAUGAAAGAGGUUAUGUUGGCUAAGGGAAAACCGAUUGUGUUGGAAAAGGUGAGGUUGUAUGUACAUAGUAUAUCGAAGGGUGAUUUGGAGGUAAAAAAGGUGGAGUCGAAGAGUAAUCAAUUGGCUCCACCUACGACAACCAUGGAGACUGCCCCUGCGGCGUCAAAGUUAGCCGUGGUAGUGGAGAAGAAGAUGAGUGAAGGAUUCAAAAGCCAUUAA